AUGGCCGAUACGAGACCUUUCCGGCCAGACGCCAAAUAUAGUGAGGACUACACCUUAGUUUGGUUUACAGACAAGGAGCUUGACGAGUCCAUUCGCAAGCCUCGGCUCUGUGGUGACCGCAAGACCUGCCAAGCUUGUGAGGCUACAUACCAUACCGAGAGCCUCCAACGAACCGCACCCUUCUCCUAUCGCCGUCGUCUGACAGACGAAGACGCUGGGAAAGUCACAAGUAAGCUCGUGUAUGAGAUACAGAGCGACAGACGGCACAUCUCGGGAAGACUAGAACGACACGCAGAUAUCGUCAUGUCUCGUUGGGCCAAGAAUGGGAGACACGGAAGCCAGCAGAAGCGCGAGAAACUACUUAGCGAGGUUGCAGAGGACCUUGCAAAGACACCCGAGGACAUAAUUGCCUACAACUACAGCAAAGAGAAAUCCUUCUACAUGAGACGAUCUUUGUCGAGGAGACGCAGGCUUCUGCAGCCUUGGUUGAAUGUUGAGGUGCUUAAGAUGAGCCCUGAUACUCUCCUGGCUCUUCUCUACUGCCGGACUGCUUAUGGGCCAAGCGAGUGGGCGGCCUUUGACGGCCAGCAAUUGAGAAAGUAUUGGGUUGAUGGUCAUUUCGACUGUGAUCACUCCAGCAAGACAAUAGUCAUGUACGGCGAGGGACAAUAUGGAAGUCUGGUUGAUUGGGACGCUGAGGAGAUUCACAGGGCUGACACGGUGGGCUUCCCGUUUGGUUAUCUCGUCUUGGAGGCACAGGCGUACCUUAUGGGACUUUUGCGGAAGAUCAUCGACAGGAUUCUGCAAGACAUUGAUGCCUCCGACCCCGUUCGAACGGACAAGUGGCGGCAAGCUACGAAGACAGGGGCCUUCAGGCGAACGAAUGACAUCGAGCCGUGGUCACCAUACACACGAGGAGCUUUUUGUGCGCCGCCUAGAUUCGAUCUGGCAUACUUGACGUCUUUGGCUCAGUCGAGGCGUGAGAAGGCUGAAGACCACCUGCGAGACUUGCAAUGCAACCCGGCGUACCUGCGAAGACACAUUCGCCUGGUAGCAGACUCAACCCUUUGGAACAAGUCCUCAGACACGGCAAAGGGCACCUGGUUUGCGAUGCAGAUGUCUAACGCGACGGAGUCCUACUACCUCUGGCGGUUCGUGGAGGAUGAGUGUCGCCAUGUCGACGAAAUUUGUCGACGCCAUGGAGAGGAUGCUGGCACUCCUGGAAGACCUUUGCCCCAGGAAGUUGACACAGCUCUAGGCCAAUUCGACAAUUGGAUGGCAAACCAGAUUAUCCAUCGGACGCGAACGCUGUGGGAAAAUCUCGCAAUAUCUCCAGCAUUCUCGAAACAUUGGAGGUCAAAGCCCGUUGGGGACUAUGCUAUCUCCUCUGCACGUUUCACCGAAAAUGACUCUUUGAGCGCUCUCAGGGACGACCCGCUGGACUGGUGCCUGGCCCAGAUAGUCGCAAAUUCAGGCGAGAACAAACUGUACGAUCACUCGAGACUUUUUUGUUUUCUGGAAGAAUACGUGUCCACCAGCAAAAUUAGCGAGACACGCAGACUAGACGAACUAUUACUCAGCGCUGUUGACGAUCUCGCCGCCGUGCAUGAGAUGAUGAAUCUCACCCGUCUUCGGCGGCCUCAGUCUCCGGCAACGCCUGCAGAAGACAUGCGUCAGACCUUAGGCAGACGGGCGACGAGUGAGCCACAGAAGCUUCCUAAGAAGGACAUAAUGUUUAAGUCCAUCUGCAGAAACACAGGCCCGCAGCUCGUUAAAAUCUUUGGACAGUACAGACCCCCUCAGGGGCUGAAGGGUCAAGCAUGGGUUGAUCAACAGAAGGAGCUUCGCUCAUCGAUGAGAACUUUCUGGGAUUCCAUCAGAAAGCUCAAACAGGAUGACUACAGUAAGACGAACCUGUCGGCCAUAGAAAAGGCAGACUUGCUCAAGGUCAUCUCUGCCGAUUUGUGCCCGGUACAUCAAAAGGCCGCAGAGGGCGAGGAGGUUGCGGUCUAUGCGAGCAUGAAGAGGCGUCGAGAAGUGCUGACUGAAGCGAUAACGACGUUUACUAACGACGAGAAUAAGGCAGAGACAUACACCCGCGAGGAUGGUCGCGUCAGGAACAAGAACAAAAAGAAGACACGAGCGGAUAACCCCGAAGAGGUCCAGCCCGAGGAGCCGCCAAGCGACCUGAGCAAGCUCUCGUUGGAGGACAGAACCACCCGUGGUGCCAUCGUCGUGCCCAAGAAAACCUUUGACGAAUUCGUCUGCGAGCUGUUCCCAACCGAGAAGAAUGAAGGCAGGCGAGGGGUGGACUGGCAGACAUUUGUUCGCGGGAUGACAGCUGUUGGCUGCUCAGUGGGCAACAGCGGCGGCGGUGGCUCAGAGGUCCUCUUCUCCCACGAGUCGUUCGGCAAGAUCACGUUCCACAAGCCGCACCCCGAGCCUAAGGUUGACACCAUCAAACUGCGUUCUUGGGGACAUAGACUUGAGAAGAGAUUCGGGUGGAGUCGGGAGCGGUUCGUUGUUGCUGGUGCGCAGCAGGGCCAGGACAGAGAGGAGUCCAAGGACAAGGGAGAGGUCGAGGCUUCGUGA